UACACUUUUCGCGGGGAACUUUUCGCACGCAGAAAAGAAAAACGCCAGCUCUUCCCGCGUCCCUCCAUAUUUUCCCUCCGGCUUCUUUCUUUUCUGCGUACUCUCGUAUUCACUCCGCCUAGACAGACACCGCCUCUGAACAUCUCCGUCUUCACACACACAAUCCUUGACAACCAUCUCCUCAGACAGUCAUGGGUUCCGCAGUUACGGGCAGCUAUGCCCUCUCUCAGACUCAUCGAGAGAUGCUCGAGAAGCCCCUCGUCGAGUCCGACCCGGAGAUCGCAGAGAUCAUGAAAAAAGAAAUCAAGCGUCAACGCGAGUCCAUCAUCCUCAUCGCCUCCGAGAACGUCACCUCGCGCGCCGUCUUCGACGCCCUCGGCUCCCCCAUGUCCAACAAGUACAGUGAGGGCUACCCGGGCGCGCGCUACUACGGGGGCAACCAGUUCAUUGACGCCAUCGAGCUCACGUGCCAGAGCCGGGCCUUGAAGGCCUUCCACCUGGACCCGGAGAAGUGGGGGGUCAACGUGCAGUGCCUGAGCGGGAGCCCGGCGAACUUACAGGUGUACCAGGCGCUGAUGAGGCCGCAUGAUCGGUUGAUGGGCUUGGAUCUGCCACAUGGUGGACACUUGAGUCAUGGAUAUCAGACGGCGCAGCGAAAGAUAUCCGCAGUCUCGACCUACUUUGAGACCUUCCCCUACCGAGUCAACCUCGAGACCGGUAUCAUCGACUAUGAUCGCCUCGAAGAGAAUGCUCUCAUGUACCGCCCCAAGUGCAUCGUUGCAGGGACCUCCGCAUACUGCCGCCUGAUUGACUACGCCCGCAUGAGACAAAUCGCAGACAAAUGCGGUGCGUACCUGAUCGUGGACAUGGCACACAUCUCGGGAUUGAUUGCCGCGGGCGUCAUCCCCAGCCCGUUCGAAUACGCCGACGUGGUCACCACGACCACCCACAAAUCCCUGCGUGGUCCCCGAGGCGCAAUGAUCUUCUACCGGAAGGGCAUUCGCAGCACCGACCCCAAGACGGGCAAACAAAUCCUCUACGAUCUCGAAGGCCCCAUCAACUUCUCCGUCUUCCCGGGCCACCAGGGCGGCCCGCACAACCACACCAUCACCGCGCUGGCAGUCGCCCUGAAGCAAGCGGCGACUCCCGAGUUCCGUGCGUACCAGGAGCAGGUGCUCAAGAAUGCCAAGGCGCUGGAAGUUGAGUUCAAGGAGUUGGGCUACAAGCUUGUCUCAGACGGGACCGACUCACACAUGGUGCUGCUGGAUCUUCGACCCCAGUCUCUCGACGGCGCGAGGGUCGAGGCUGUGUUGGAGCAGAUCAACAUUGCGUGCAACAAGAACAGCAUCCCCGGCGACAAGUCGGCGCUGACCCCGUGCGGCAUCCGCAUUGGCACGCCGGCCAUGACCUCGCGCGGGUUCGGCGAGGAGGACUUCAAAAAGGUGGCCCGGUACAUUGACACGAGCAUCAAGCUGUGCAAGAAGGUCCAGGCGGAGCUGCCCAAGGAGGCCAACAAGCUGAAAGAUUUCAAGGAGAAGGUGAGCAGCGAGACCGUGGACGAGAUCAAGAAGUUGAGGGCCGAGGUUGCCGAAUGGGCUUCGAGUUUCCCUUUGCCGGUGUAAAUUGGGGGGAGCACAGUGUUCCCGACCUCUCUGGAAGAAAAAACGAAGUUGUUAUGAUGUGAUGUGCAUUUGGCGUUUUGGCGGUGUGUCGGGUUGUAAUGGGAACUCUCAGAUUUCAACGACUGUGGGGAUUUGUUGGCUGGCGAGGAGAGGAAAAUGGGAGGGUGGAUGCCCAAAAGGAAAAGGCCCAGAGUGUGUAUCUUCAACGAUACCUAGUGCCUCUUCAAAGGUUGCUGUCAACCAUGGUCGUGAAAAGUCGGCCGCCCGAUCGAUACCACGAGCUCAUAUCUUUCGACAACGCAUAUGGCAAAAGGUCUUUUGCCCUUGUCGCUUC